AUGGGUAAGAGUAAAAAAUCAAGAUCAAGAAGUCCGGAUCAUUCGAAAGAAAGAACUUCUAAAAGACUUCGGAAACUAGAAGAAAAGAUGGAUGAAUUAACAUCAGGUUUUGCUUUAAUCAAAGACGCUAUUUUGAGACGUAGUCGUUCGUACUCAAAUUCAGGCGAAUCUGAUAUCGAAGGUACUGGAAGCGGUGAUGAUAAAUCGAUUGGUGAAAAGGACGAUAAUGGGGAAGUAGUUGAUCUGUCAUCUAAUUCGCAGUCACAGACUAAUAAAAACAAGGAGAAUGGAACUCCUUGGGAGUUAGAUGCUGAAGAUCUUCGCAUUUUUGGAGCAGAACCUAUUGAGGAGAAGCCUGAAUUAAUUCUGCAUUCUAGCGUUGCAAAUCGCUGGAAAAAAUAUCUUUCUGAGGGUAUUAAGAAAGAGAUUAAGGAGUCAUUAUUGGAAAAGUAUCCCAGGAAGGGAAAACUUUCGUUUGAACCGCCGAUUUUAAAUGAAGAGGUUGCAGGUAACUUAAAAGAAUCGGCGUUGAAAAGAGAUACAUACUUUGGCUCAACGCAGAAAUUAGCCGGAUCUGCCUUGGCUGCAUUGGCUCCAGUAAUUGAAUCUCUGGCGACUCUUAAAGAUCCAGACAAUGUUAAAAGAUUGGAGCAAGUUUGGGAUGCCGCAAAAUUAUUCGGUGAUGGAGUUGAUCACAGCACAAUAAAUUCGGCCAGAGCAGCGUUAUCCUUAAUAUCAAGCGAGGAUGUCUCAAAUAAUCCUUUAAUAAGUCGUUUUGUUAAGGGAGCGUCGAAAAUUAGACCUGGAGGGCGAGGGCCUAAAUAUGAAUCUACUUGGGAUGUGGACCCAGUUUUAGCCAAAUUAGAAUCAUGGGCUCCAGUAGAGGAAUUAUCCCCGAAGAAACUGACGGAGAAGUUGGUUGUGUUAAUUCCUGAAAGAAUUAAAACUUCACGACCAGGAGCUCCGCAGCCAGUGCUAAGACUUCCAUUUUUUCAAAACAAGCCUGAGCUAUGCAUAGCUAGAACAUUAAAUCAAUACGUGACAGUAACUAAAGAUCUUCGGGGGAGUAACGAUUCUUUAUUUAUUUCAUUAAAUAAGCCAUAUGGUGCAGUUAAGAGCGAGACAAUUGCUCGGUGGAUAAGGUCAGCGUUGGAAUCACUGGGAGUUGAUAAAAGAUUCACGGCACAUUCUACUAGACAUGCAUCGACUUCUCGUGCUCAUGAAAAAGGUGUCAGUAUUGACGAAAUAAAAAAGGUGGCUGGGUGGUCUAAAAACUCUAAAGUUUUUGCCGAUUUUUACCACCAGCCAAUAAAUAUUCGUGACAAAAAUUUCGCAGAAGCGGUAUUAACGCCCAGCACAUAG